AUGCACCGGGGGAGCCAACUUGACGUAGAUCGGUACAGUGUUGUAAAGCACCUUGGAAGUGGGGGAUUUGGUGAUGCAUUCCUUGUAAAGGAUGCUAACGAUGGCAUGGAGUAUGUGCUGAAGUGUUCAAAAACUGUUGGCAGUAAUGACACACUGUUGUCCGAGGCACAGAAUCUCUUGCUCACAACAUGUGACCAUGUUGUGCACUGUUUUGGUGUUUGGUUGGAACCUAUGGGUAACAGGUGCUGUAUGCUACUUGAAUACUGUGAUGGGGGGGACUUGGAGGAUUACCUAAGUUACUCCUUUCCCCUGACAGAAUCGGAGCUUGUUUCAAUAUUUGCGCAGCUGCUAUUGGGUCUGGAUCACAUCCAUCUUAAGCAUCUUAUACAUAGGGAUAUCAAAUUGCAGAACUUGAUGCUACACCGUUCUACGGGAGUUGUGAAGAUUGGUGAUUUCGGCAUGAGCAAAGCUCUUCGCUUUACGGACGAGGUCUCUUCCACAAGGCUUGGCACCCCUCUUUACACUUCACCAGAGGUUCUAAAAGGCCUUGGAUAUACAAGAAAAACAGAUGUAUGGAGCAUGGGUGUGGCGUUCUACCGUUUGAUGACCAACAGACUUCCGUUCCCAGCUUCCAAUGUGGAGGAGAUGUAUGAAAGCUAUAGGACCACCCGGCCCGUGCACCCUUGCCGAGUGCACAACGAAUAUUCCGAACCGCUUGGUGAUUUGGUAAUGAAGAUGCUGACUAAGAGUAGAAGGAAACGGCCGAAUGCGCGUGAGCUGCUUGCUCUUCCACUGUUUACGGAAACACUUAGUGCGCGUCCAUGGCAUCCGCCCCAUCUUCGCGGAUCAAACUACUUGUUUUCGUGUCGUCCAAUGACCAACAUCAAUAUCCGGAGUCUUCCUUCCUUGGCUGCUGAGCGGGUUGGCGAGGUUUCGUAUGGUGAUCAGGUUCUUGUAAGUGAAGAAGAGGUGAGCAGUGAGGGUAUGAUGUGGUACAGGGUUCUUUAUCCCCUGGAAGGAUACUGCAUUACAACUACAGAUGGUCAUCAGUUAUUUCAGCGGGUUAGUGACCCUGCGCGUUUUCCCCCGAUUUCGUCCCUAGAGUGA